UGAAAUAAAGCCAAUGAACGAUACAUGGAUUGAAUAAGCCAGGAUUUCCUCUUGCUAACAAAUGAUUCAGUGUAAGGCUGGCAACACUGGUGUUUGUUAGGACCAGGGACGGCGUAUGAAGCAGGAUAAUUGUGUGGAAGCGAGGAAACUUUUUUUUGAUAAAUGAGCGUUAAUCAUAUUCCGGGAAAGUGCCUAAGGAUAUCGUGGCAGUGAAAGUUAUUAUAUAUAUUAAGGGAAAUUUGCUUGCGGGAGGGAAUAAAUGUAAAAUAUUUCUGGAUACUUAAACGGAAUAUCGGCUAGGCCAGAUUGUAAGAAGAAAUAAAUAUGGUCCAUUCGUCGAGAUCAGGUAGCCGGUGUUCCAGAUCUUCGCGAGGCAUCAUUUCUAUCAUCUAAUUGGACAACGCACUGUUUGAAAGCAGAAGCGCAGUGUUAAAUGUUAUAAGAAUGAGCGUUAUUUGUGGAUUAUUUGUUAAUCUGCGAUUCCCCCUUUCCCAACAUACAGAAAUACCAGGAGAUAAUCAAAAUUCAUUCAUGAUUUAGUCGGAAAUUGUUCAUGGAGGUUUGUUGCUUGUAAUAGCAAUUGGAUGUCCAGAGUACGAUAACUCUUAAGGGAACGAUAUGGAUAUUUGUUUUGGCAAGAUGAAUCAAAAGAAUGAUGUGAAUCGACAAGCUCAAAGUAGUUAAACCGUCUGCUCUUUGGACAACAAUGGAAUAUUACGUAAUAAAGAAAUAAUACGAAAUAUCAUGCAAGUGUUUGAAUGACGCAGUGCUGUUUAUUAAGUGAAUUCAAUUAUGUAGAAAUGGAGGGUGUUGACAUGUCUUGCCUAAAUGGUACUGUGUAUCAAAGUGAUGGAAAUACACAAUUAGUGGUGGCAAAAACCGUAUUGUUUAGCCUUAUAGAUCUGGCUGUGGUUCUCGGAAACAGCCUUGUGAUAGCCGCCGUGUUUACUACCCGAAAACUUCGGACGGUGACGAACAUUUUUAUUGUGUCGCUAGCGUGUGCGGAUCUACUGAUCGGGUUUGCGGUGUUACCAUUCUCAAUAUCGUUGGAAGUGGACGAGUGGUUGUGGGGCCAGGUGUGGUGCAGCAUGUGGCUCGCCAUCGAUGUCUGGCUGUGCACUGCCUCCAUCCUCAGCCUCUGUGCGAUCAGCUUUGACCGCUAUAUCGCCGUGACCCAUCCAAUCAAGUACCCGACUAUUAUGUCGGCGUCGCGUGGUAGAUGGCUUGUCGCAUCUGUUUGGAUUUUAUCAUUUGUGAUAUGCUUGCCCCCUCUGCUCGGAUGGAAUGAUAGCAGUAUGCACAGAAAAACUUCCUCGACCUUUCUCAACGAGUUGCAACGCUCGUUUUCAUUACUUAAUCGUUCAUCCCUAAAUCAGGCUAAUAUGCAAGACAUUCUCCCGGGACCGCAACAGGAUAUUGUCUUCAAUCUCACUGGUGAUGAUUACCUCGAUGGAUUGUUUUCCAAUAUUAAUACAACUGAAAAUUGUUCCGAAGAAAAAGUAAUGUGUGAAUUAACAACGACUACUGGAUACAGAAUUUACGCCGCUUUGGGGUCGUUUUUCAUUCCUAUGCUUGUCAUGGUAUUUUUCUAUUUUAGAAUAUAUUUAACCGCUAUAAGAACUGCAGCUUCAAUCCGCAGAGGCGUGCUUACGACGAAGAUUAGCAAUGAUAUUUCACAGCCGAAUGGGUACGGAGAGGACGAAAUGUAUCUACGGGUUCAUCGAGGGGGCAGCUCAUCAUCAUCUCGCAAAACAGCGAAACACUGUGAUUUAGGCGUUAGCUGUAGGACACUUAAUAGCGAUACCGCGUCACGAUCUCCAAGACUUGCUGCUAAGCGAAGUCCCUGUAAUACGCUAAAUAACAUCGAGUCAAGUGAGCGAUCAGUUUUUAAGUGUAGCAGAGAUGACAAUUUAGUGAAAACAAAUGGAGAAAAUGAGAAAAGUUUAAAUGGCGUUUCCGGCGUAAAUAGAUUUGUCAUGCCUGUUGCGAGACAAAUUUGCAGAUCGAAAAGAAGGCCCGAGAAAUUGACAAGUGAUAUAACCGAGCUAGAAAUGUUAAGCAAACACAACGACAAUGGACACCCAGCUAUUAACGGGCUUACACCAAACAUUUCCCCUCUUACGUCCAAAUCGUCCUCGCCAAAUUCGCCUAGGCGCUGUAAGCUGUUAAUUAGGGAAACAAAAGCUAUUUCUGUAAAAGGUCAUGCAAGAAAAUUUAAACGAGAGGCAAAAGCUGCAAAGACAUUAGCAAUAAUUGUAGGAGCUUUUAUAAUAUGCUGGUGUCCUUUCUUUACAAUAUACCUUAUGGGGGCGUUUUGUCACGAAUGUGUAAGUGAAUUGGUUUUUGCCGUAUUCUUCUGGCUCGGAUAUUGUAAUUCUGCUUUAAACCCGUGUAUUUAUGCGCUCUUUGCCAGGGAUUUUCGUAGUGCAUUCAAACGGUUAGUUCUUUGUCGUCGACGAAAGGGAUUUACGCAUGCAACGCGGGCAGACUUUGUCACCGGUAUUACGAGAAAUCGAUAUGCUGCCCCACAUCACGACAAGGACAGCGGCGAGUCGGAUUUUUAAAGUUUAUGUAUCACAAAAGAUUGUUAUUUAAAUCGUUUGCUUUAUUACCUUAA